UUUUUUUUCUUUUAUCCCUCCUUCUUAAUUCCUUUAUUCUUGUGUUCCUGUGAUCUUCGUGAGUAACUCGUGAAAGAAGAGUCUUCCUUCAGGUGAAGAACAAGAUUGGAAACAAUGGUCUCGAGCAAUAGAACGACUAGGAGGCUGUUGCUUGCCUGCUUGGCGGUAUUCCUCCUGUGUCUUUCAAAUCAGGCAGAAGGUGCAAGGAAAAGAUUACGAAGGCCCACUACCUUAACACCAUCCAUCUCGAACGAUCAGGAAGUAUCGGCUAGUGUUAACAGGUUCAAGGUCACACGAAAUCGCGUUAACAAUAAGAACACGAAGAAUGAAAUCCAACCUGGGAAGACGAACGAUUACAAGGUCGUGUGUUACUACACAAAUUGGUCCCAGUAUCGUACGAAGGUCGGUAAAUUCAUGCCGGAGGACAUACAGCCAGAUCUUUGCACCCACGUGGUCUUUGCAUUCGGAUGGUUGAAGAAAAAUAAAUUGACAAGUUUCGAGUCGAACGAUGAAACCAAGGACGGUAAAAUUGGUCUCUACGAGAGAAUAGUGAACCUGAAGAAAGCCAAUCCGUCUUUGAAGAUCCUACUUGCUGUCGGUGGAUGGUCCUUUGGCACGCAAAAGUUCAAAGACGUAUCAUCGACGAGAUACGCUAGACAAACGUUCAUCUACAGUGCUAUACCAUAUUUGAGAGAUCGAAAUUUCGACGGGCUCGAUAUCGAUUGGGAAUAUCCGAAAGGAGGAGACGACAAGAAGAAUUACGUUCUAUUACUGAAGGAACUUCGCGAAGCCUUCGAAGCUGAGGCACAAGAGAAAAAGAAACCUCGUCUUCUAUUAACAGCUGCUGUACCCGUUGGUCCUGAUAAUGUUAAAGGUGGUUACGAUGUACCAGCUGUUGCCAGUUACCUAGACUUCAUCAAUCUCAUGGCGUACGACUUUCACGGUAAAUGGGAAAGAGAAACCGGACACAACGCACCUCUCUACGCAUCAUCCUUGGAUUCGGAAUGGCAAAAACAAUUGAGCGUUGACAACGCGGCAUCGAUGUGGGUAAGAUUGGGUGCACCAAAGGAAAAGUUGAUCAUCGGUAUGCCCACAUACGGUAGAUCGUUCACUCUGUCAAACCCAUCGAACUUCCGUGUACACGCACCGGCCAGUGGUGGUGGUAAAGCUGGAGAAUAUACCAAGGAAUCCGGUUUCUUGGCUUAUUACGAGAUUUGUGAGAUGUUGCAAAAUGGAGCGGCUUAUAUCUGGGACGACGAGAUGAAGGUACCAUAUUUGGUGUACGGUGAUCAAUGGGUAGGCUUCGACGAUGAAAGAUCAAUCAGGAACAAAAUGCAUUGGCUGAAAUCCACCGGUUAUGGCGGUGCCAUGGUAUGGACGGUUGACAUGGACGAUUUCAAUGGUACUGCUUGCGUUGGAAACGUAAAGUAUCCAUUGAUCGGUGCGAUAAGAGAAGAGCUAAGAGGUAUCCCACGAGGACCGGAUGCCAAAGAUGUCGAUUGGAGUUCGGUUGCUACUACCAUCACGGAAACUAUUGUUAAGAAACCAGAACCUUACAAAAUAUCUAUCUCCGAUGCAUUGAGCAAAGCUAAAAAAGUACCAAAAAUCACUCAGUUGGUUAUUAAUACGCCAACGAACGAAAGGGAAGCACAGACCAUUUGUUAUCUGACCAAUUGGUCCCACAAAAGACCAGGCCUCGGUAAGUUCUUGCCCGAGGAUAUCGACCCGACACUUUGCACCCACGUAGUCUAUGCUUUCGCGACCUUGAACGAUCAUCUGCUCAGCGAAGGAAGCGAUCAGGAUGUUGAGAUGUACAAACGAUUGAUCGCACUUCGUGAGAAGAAUCCGGACAUAAAGAUAUUGCUAGCUAUCGGAGGCUGGGCCUUUGGAUCGACACCCUUCAAAACAUUGACUAGCAAUACUUUCCGAAUGAAUCAAUUCGUUUACGAAGCCAUAGAGUUCCUAAGGGAAUACAAAUUCGACGGAUUGGACGUUGAUUGGGAAUAUCCACGGGGAGCCGACGAUCGUACCGCUUACGUGAAUCUUCUGAAAGAACUCAGGCUGGCUUUCGAGGGUGAAGCAAAGAGCUCUGAUCAGCCUAAAUUAAUUUUAUCGGCGGCUGUACCGGCCAGUUUCGAGGCCAUAGCUGCUGGAUACGACGUCCCGGAAAUAUCCAAGUACCUGGACUUCAUCAACGUGAUGACGUACGAUUUUCAUGGUCAAUGGGAACGUCAAGUUGGACACAACAGCCCUCUUUAUCCUCUUGAGAGUGCAACCAGUUAUCAAAAGAAAUUGACAGUCGACUACAGUGCGCGAGAAUGGGUGAAACAAGGCGCACCGAAAGAAAAACUGAUGAUAGGAAUGCCGACUUACGGCAGAUCCUUCACGUUAGUCGACGAAGACAAAUUCGAUAUCGGAGCACCUGCCUCCGGUGGUGGUAUUCCUGGUAAUUACACCAACGAAGCCGGAUUCUUAUCCUAUUACGAGGUGUGCGGAUUUUUGAACGAAGAGAACACGACUUUGGUAUGGGAUAGCGAACAACAGGUACCUUUUGCUUACAAAGGUGAUCAAUGGGUUGGUUUCGAUGACGAAAGAAGUCUUAUAAACAAAAUGAACUGGUUGAAAGAGGAAGGUUUCGGUGGUGUUAUGAUCUGGUCGAUCGACAUGGACGAUUUCCGAGGAUCGUGCGGUGCCGGAAAAUAUCCACUGAUCAAAGCAAUGAAAAAGGAAUUGCAGGAUUACAAAAUCAAAUUGGAAUACGAUGGUCCAUACGAGAGUUCUUCUAGAAAUGGCAAAUACACUACGAAAGAUCCGAACGAAGUGACCUGCGACGAAGAGGACAAUCAUAUAUCUUAUCACCCGGAUAAAAGCGAUUGCACGAUGUAUUACAUGUGCGAAGGUGAACGCAAACAUCACAUGCCCUGUCCAGUUAAUCUCGUUUUCAAUCCCAACGAAAACGUCUGCGAUUGGCCGGAAAACGUUGAGGGAUGUUUGCAACACACGCAAGCGCCGCCUUUGCGAAAGUAAUUAAGAGAAUAAGAGAGAAAAGGAAAGAAAGAUAUUUUUGCAUAAAACAAAAAAAGAAAAAAGAAAACCUGCGGCAUUUUACGUGUGCGAUAAAAAUGAAAAGAAGGACGACAAGGAUGAUAACGUUUUUGUAUCAUCGAGUUUUAUCAUCGCUGUUAAAUUCAGUAGAUAGAUAGAUAGAUAGACAGAUAAAGAGAAAAGAGAGAGAGAGAGAGAGAGAAAGAGAGAGAAAAUGAAUGAAAGGAAGAGAGAGAGAGAGAGAGAGAGAGAGAGGAUGAAAUUAUGAAAAGAGAAAGAAGAUAUGCUGCCUUCGCACAAAAAUUUAUAGUCGAUAUUUGCCCCUCUUCCAUAUCCCUUCCCCUUUCCACACCGCCCCCACACCUGCUCUAUUUUGAUUUUCGAUUAUUACGUUUGUUUUUUUUAUUUCGUCGUUCUUUUUGACACGCGAUAUAUUUGUAUUCCCUUCCAAGAGACCCUCCCUUUUUACUUGUCAUUUGUAUAAAGCAUGGACGAAAUCACGAGGUAUAGUUAUUUGUAAAUAAAGAGAAAUUUAACAGACAUCUAA